AUGGCAGCCUCAUUAUUGAAAGAGAAACAAUUGAGUUUUUGGUCCUCUCUCAUCAACCAAAACCAAAGUUUGAAAUUGCCAACAGAUUUUCCUCGAACAAUGAUGGAUGAGAAUGAGACCAACUCAAACACAAUUUUGCAAUACGAACAAUUGAAGGAAAUUAUUUCAUUAGAUGAUGUACUCUCCAGUCAGUCCUUUAAAGACAAGUUUUUACAAGUGACAGAUUCCGAAGCUCAAAAAUCGUUCACAAGAAACACUUUUGUAUUGUCUGUUUUUGCAUUACUUCUCGCUCGUUAUACCUAUGAAGAGACAUUUUUGAUUGGUAUUUUGCAAGAUGAAAACACAGAACGUGACUCUUUCAUCGUCUCUGCAAAUAUUCCAAUGCCAUCUGCUGACGAAGACACAUUUGAGGGAAUUUCCCGAGAAAAGUCGACCACGGAGUACAGUUUAAAAAGUUAUUGUCAAACAUUCAAGGGGCUUUCAGUUGAACAAAAACAAGGAAAAGUGGAUACUACUCUUCUAGUUCAAGUUUCUUUCAGCUCGUACGAUGGCCCUUACAAUUUGGUCAACGCUUCCUCUUCUCCUUUCCCAAUCUCUAAUGUUGAUUUGCAUUUGCAUUUGGAUACUAAAACAAAUCAAGUGAGCAUUUCGUAUCAAACUAAUUUAUUCACAGAACUCAGAAUGCAAGACAUGUUGAAUCAAUUGAAGUUGGCUGCUAAACAACUUGUUUCAGAACCAAUACAAUCGAUUUUUGAUGUGUCACUUGUGACAGAAUAUGCCAAGACAGUCCUUCCACAUCCAGAUAAACCUUUGAAUAACGAUUUCUAUGGAGCAAUUCAUGAAGUAUUCCAAGAACAAGCAAAGAAAAUACCCCAACGAAUUACCAUGGUUGAUAGCAAAGAAUCUGUAACAUAUGAAACCUUAAAUAAGCUUUCCAAUCAAUUAGCUCGUCAAUUACUUGCCAAUGGAUUGAAAAGACAAGAAGUUGUCACCAUUUUUGGUCACAGAAGCUGCCCUGUAGUAUUGGCAAUUUUGGCUACAUUGAAAUGUGCAGCAGUUUUUAACAUGUUAGAUCCUGCUUAUCCAGCAGACAGAAUUAUUACUUGCUUGGAAGUGUCCUCUCCAUCUGCUGUCAUUUUGAUUGAAGCCUCUGGUCCACUUCCAAAAGAAGUCGUCAAGUACAUUCAAACCAAGUCCACUGUUCGAUUUGUGGUCUCUCUCAAAUCCAUUACAGAGAGUGUUUCUGAACAAAUCUAUGCGGAUUAUGCAGACACUGAUUUGAGCUCAGAUCCUGAAUGGCGUGACAAGGUACAAAUUACACAAGAUGAUUUUGCAGUGUGUACCUACACAAGUGGUAGUACAGGUAUUCCAAAGGGAGUUCUCGGUCGACAUGGACCUCUCACUCACUACUAUCCCUGGAUGAAGCAACGAUUUAACUUGAGUGAAAAUGAUGUCUUUAGUAUGCAAAGUGGUAUCAGUCAUGAUCCUCUCCAAAGAGAUAUUUUCACACCAUGGUUCCUGGGUUGUACCAUGUAUAUUCCAACCAAUGAAGAUAUUGUCAAUCCUGGUCGUCUUGCAGAGUGGUUUGAAGAAAAGAAAAUUACAGUGAGUUGUUUGACACCUGCCAUGGGUCAAUUAUUAACCAGUGCUGCCAGUAUUGCUACCACCAGCACUGGAGAACCUCUCAAAUUGAAUCAUUUGAGAUAUGCAUUCUUUGUUGGUGAUGUGCUCUCAAAGAAGUUUGUGAAACGUUUGUGUGACAUUUCUCCAAUUGUUCGAGUCAUUAACUUGUACGGCUCUACAGAGACUCAACGUUCUGUCACGUACUAUAUGGUUCCAAGACCUGGUGAAAAAUGUAUGGAAACAGGAAUUCCUUUCGAAAGAUUGAAGGACAUUAUUCCAAUUGGUAGAGGAAUGUUAGACGUUCAAGCAUUGACUCUCUCCAGAUUCACCUCACGAGACGACAAAUUCAUGUUGUGUGGAAUUGGUGAAAUGGGUGAAAUUUAUAUGCGUAGUCCUCACCUUUCACAAGGUUACAAAGGAAAGGAAAAGGAUACGAGAGAAAAAUUCAUUCCAAAUCCUUUCCUCACCACAGGAUACAUUGACAGAAUGUACAGAACGGGUGACUUGGGAAGAUAUCUCAUUAGUGGAGACGCUGAAUGCAGUGGAAGAGCCGAUGAUCAGAUUAAAAUCAGAGGUUUCAGAAUUGAAUUGGGAGAAAUUAACACUGCUCUCAAUAGCCAUGAAUUGGUCAAGGAAUCAGUGACCAUUGUGAGAGAAGAUUGUGUUCCUGGAACCAAUGAAAAACGUAUUGUCACCUACUUUGUUUUGGAUAAAGUAGAAAUUGAAAAGAGUACCAUUUAUGGAAACUAUUUUACCAUGGAAAGUGGUUUGAGAGCGAGUAUCAUCAAGACCAUCAUUAAAGACUUGAGACAAUAUUUGAGAAGCAAACUUCCAGAUUACAUGAUUCCAUCUUACUUUGUUCCAUUAGACAAGAUUCCAUUAACACCAAACGGAAAGAUUAAGAAACAAGAUUUACCAAGACCUGAAACGAGUGCUUCUACUUCCACCGAUCAACGACAAGACGAAGAAACCUAUGUAGCUCCAAGAAAUGACCUCGAACAACAAUUAGUGACCAUUUGGGGUGAAAUUUUACAAGGAAGUUCUGGUCAAGGAAUUGGUAUUCAUGACAAUUUCUUUGAUCUCGGUGGUCACUCCAUCAAUGCCACAACACUCACUUUAAAGAUUAGACAACAAGUGGAAGGAGCUUCUAAAUUACCGGUCGAAUUGUUAUUUAAGGCACCAACAGUGAGCGCCCUCGCUGUGGCCAUCGAACAAUUAAGAAGUGGCAAAGGAGUGAGUAAGACACACGUGACCGAUGUCUCUUCUGAUUGUCACUUGGAGGCCUCUAUUCGUCCACACCAUCAACUUAACUUUAAUGAUUUUAUUUCCCUAUCUAAAACUUGGCAAAAUCCAAAGGAUAUUCUCAUCACGGGUUGCACUGGAUUUUUAGGAACCUUUUUAUUGGCUGACUUUUUAAAGAAGACGAGUGCAAGAAUUUAUUGUCUCGUCAGAGCUGACAAUGAAGAAAAGGCCCGUAAACAGAUGGAUCAACAAGAAGAACGUGAAAGUAUGAAUUUAGUGAAUAAGAUGAAUUUGGCUGAAAUUGUGGAGGGACGUAUCAUUCCCGUCUUGGGAGAUUUAACAAAACCUUACUUGGGAUUAAGCCCUAUCAAGUUCGAAGAAUUGAGCGACACCAUUGACGUUAUUAUUCACAACGGUGCUGCGGUUCACUGGCUCUACAGCUAUGAAAAAUUGAAAGCUCCCAACUUAACACCUGUGCACUAUGUCAGCACCACUUCUGUCUUUGAUUCGGAACAAUACAAGGAAUUUACUGAUGUCUAUGAAGACUCCUCAUUGCCCUAUCAUGAAGAUUUGACUGGUUAUCCUCAAUCCAAAUAUGUCGCUGAAAAAUUAUGUAUGAAUGCAAGAAUGAGAGGAUUACCUGUGUGUAUUUAUCGACCUGGUUAUAUUACUGGUCAUAGUAAGACUGGUGUGUGGAAUCCAGAUGACUUUUUAUGUCGAAUGAUUAAGGGAUGUAUUCAAAUGGGUUACUAUCCAGACAUGCCAACAAGCAAACUUGACAUGUCACCUGUCGAUUUUAUUUCAGGAGCUAUUGUGUACUUGUCGAGGACCAUGGAUAGUGUGGUAAAACAUCAAGCAUACCACUUGGUGAAUCCUCAUGAAUUCUUCUUUAAUUCAUUAUUCGAAACUGGUAGAAAAUUAGGAUUCAAACUUUUACCAUUACCAUUUAAGGAAUGGAAAGAAAAACUUUAUCAACAAACAGUUGAAAAGAAGGAAUUAAGCACUGGUGAAGAAGAAAAUGUCUUGUAUCCAUUAGUGACCUACUUUACUGAUGACUAUGAUCUCAAAAUGACUGCAAAACGUCCAUGGUAUGACAAUACACACACUUUGGAAGGUCUUGAAAAUUCGGUGCCACCUGAAGAGCCAACAGAAUUGGCAAAGAAAUUUGGCUUUCACAAAAUUCCAGCCAAUAUUCAGAGAAAUCCAAAGACUUCCAUGUCCUCGUUGGAUCUCUCUGUCAUUCACUCGGAUGUGAAUUCGACCUUCAAUGAAUCUCCUUCUCCUACUUCGUUCAACUAUCAAAGUCUCAUGAGAAAUAAUAGACUUCAAUAA